AUGGCGGAACAAACUUUGUUGAGACGAACUCUCUAUAAGGAGGUCAACAUCCGUGGCAAACAGUACGACAGUCACCACAGUUACAUAGUACCUGACGGUUCCAGACUUGAGACCAACUCUUGCUGCGCUCAGUAUUCGGGCACGCUGUGCAGUUGGCAUGCAGUUCAGGUUAAAGGCAACGUACUGCAAAUUCUCAGCCAGUUCUGGGAAAAAUUGCUCUUAGCAGAGCCACCCCUCAACCCGAACCCAUGCAUGGUGUGGGGGACGUGCCAGCAAGAAUGCAUUCAGCACGACUCACGCAUGGAAAGCUUCAAGCAUUCUGUGGAUCAACACAAAGUGAGGUGGAAGCAGGCACGCGCACAGUGA